AGAAGACCAUGCGUCGCUCUGCUGCUAAAUCACGGGCUGAUAAAAGCCGCACUGAUACAGCUGCAGUUAAUGCUUCUCCUGUGGUCCAGCCUGUUGAGACGGUGGACAUUGUCCCGGGACGCCUGACUCAGUCCAGCUGGGCUAGCAUGAUCGGCCAGGAGGAGGGCGAGGAGGUGGUGGCCGACAUUAUAGCAGAACUAGUGGAGGGAGUGAUAGACAGAUGCUAUCAGCUGUAUCUAAAAGAACAGCUGACACCCUACUCUGUUUGGUGGGCUCGAAAUAACCUGGUGGAGACAGUUGAAUGUCUUCUCCUGAGAAGAGAUGAAGGAGAUGAUCCCGAACAUGAGCCCUUUUGGCAGGAGGACACAGAACCUCAGCCUUGUUCUAUUGACUCUUGGGCUGAAGGCUGUGUGCCUUUGCUCCACACCACUAAGUAACUGCACAGCGCUCUAUCACACGUGAGAAACCAUUCAGUGUUGGUGUCUAGGAGUCCAGAGAAAAUUUUAUGACUUAAAUUUUUUAGUACUCAUCAUUUUGGGUGACUUCAGCUCGGUUUUCAUUACUGGUUUGCACAAAACUUGCAAUAUGUCCUAAAUGUUGAUGAAAGACUUUCAAUUUCAGAGAGAAGCUGUUCUUUUGAAAAAUCCUGCAAAAA